GAUUGAUUUUUCACGUCAUUUGUUUUUUUUUCUUCGUUUUUGUUUUUUCGUUGUGCGUCGAAACUUCGGGGGAUUCUGCGUGGCUAUGUAGGUAUACGCGAAACGCUUUGUUCGAGGUGGACAAUGGCAGGUGGGUAGGUCCGAGAGCUGACUGUUAAUGGCAUACGCGCUUGGUUUUAUGCACUUCAUUAGGAACUGUCGCUCGCGCUCGCGAGAGAUAUGCUCUUUUUGUCGCAGUCGCUUUGUUUUCUUUGUGUAUGCGCAGCGCAGCGCACUCACGCCGUUUUGGAGCUGUGCAUAUACAGCUUUGAUAACGCGACGAUUUAUUUUUGUUUUAUUUCGCACCUAACUUGUCGGGGAUUUUUCAUUUUCGAGCAGCUGUCAGUUUGAUCGGAAUUAGAAAUCGUGCUCGAGACGUUUGCAUAUGGCCUGCAGUUUGAGUUGAGGAGGUGUCUGUGGUGCUUCCUAACACAAGCAGCAUUCCGGAAAGUUUUAAGGAAAACAUUUUAGAAGACAGCGAUUACUAUAGAGUCGAUGGUCUACGUGUUGUUGAGUUGAUUAACAAAGAAUUCAUUGAGUCAUUUGUCAAGAAAGGUGAACUGAAUCUCCUAGCCAUAGAGAAGCGAAUCGACGUGGAUAACUCGGCUGCCAUACUACCCACCGGCCACCUGCUGCUCAUCCUCGACCGCGAAAGCUACCAGAGACUCGGCCUCGAGGGCAAGCCCAGCUACUUCGAGCGCGAAAAUCCCUCGCGCUACGGUAAGUUCCUCACCGCGACAGCCUAGAUGUAACGACAAAUCAGCGCUCGCUCUCUUCGAGAAAUGCCUAAAAAACACCAAGUACCUUCGCUGCGAGACCUGGCCCUCAGGUCCGUGAGCGAGUUCGUGACUGCCUUCGGCAAGCAGAUUGUCGGGCCAAUAACCGUGCUCACCGCUCUCGACUCCAAAAAGGGACAUGCCUACCUCCGCACCUCGCUGCUGUCCAUGAGGCAGCACCUGUGUAUCAACGUGCCAUGGCACCUCUACGACAGGAUGGCUCUGGAAAUUUUGAGGGCUAUAAGGAAUCUGAUCAAUGAGAUCAAGAGCGCCUAUACCGACAGGUCGACCAUGUUCUCGUCGGAGAUCAACGUGGCUGUGAAUCUGACCAGGGUGAUCGUGCAUCCGAAUCUCAAGCGUAUAGAGUUCAGCAUCUGGCCGAAAAUCAUGCGACACGCUUUGUACGAUUCGCUUGUGGAUAUGACUGGUUUGGAGGUACUUGAUCUGGGAUCUGGAUCGGUUGGAUGGAAGACGUCGGACAUAGAGAAGAUCAUAGUCAAUGCUAUAAGUAAAAUGAAGAAUCUGACAUCGUUCACGCUUUGCUUCGACUGCACGGACAACGUUCUCGCGGCUGUGUGUCAGAACUGUCCCAAGCUCCAGAAGCUGGACGUCACCGCCUCCAGAUCAGUCACCGAUCGCAGCAUUUCGUCGCUGCUCAAGUGCCAACAGCUCAGGGAGAUCAAGUUACUGAGUACCUCAGUCUCGGUGCCGGGAUAUGCGAACCUUCUGCUGAACCACUCGUGCCUCGAGGACAUUGGCAGGUACGACGAGUGGGGAAUAGCCUUGGAGUAUAUUCAACACAGCGUCGACAACUUUGACAAGCCCUUCCAGCUAAGGUCGUUCGAGUGCCGGAAUAUGAACACGCAGCAGCUUUACCUGCUCGUCGAGAUGUGCCCUUACAUCAGCAGCUUGUCGAUGAUGAGGGACGAGAGGAUAGAGGACCUGGCCAUCUUGGCCUCACUGACUGAACUAAAGGAACUGAAGCUUCUCUCCUGUGACUUCUACGCUAACGGAGUCCAGCUGCUACUCGAGAUAAUCGGUUGUAACAUUGUUAGUCUUCACUUGGAGCACGUCGGGGAGAUUGAUCUCAGCGCACUGGUGUACAUCAGUCAGUUCUGCCCAAAUCUGCGUAGCUUAGUCUUCUACAACUGUGAGUUUCUGGCCGUUGCCUCGACGAGGCAUCGCAAGCUUCAGGUGCCACCUUUCAAACAUCUCGAGAGACUCAAGUGCGUCGUCGACUGCGCGGACGCGCACCUCGAGUUCAUCCUAUCGCACUGCACCAACAUCAAGUUUAUUCACCUGGGCUCCUCUACCGGUAUCGGCGACGCCACCAUCUGUCGAGUCUUCUCCAAGAACAGGAUGACGAAGCUCGAGGAAUUGAAGAUUCUGUACAGCACGGAUCUCUCCAUGGCCAGUGUACAUCUGCUCAUGCAGAACUGCGAGAAUCUCAGAAGACUCUCGGAGCUUGAAAGCUGGGAUGGUAUUUCACCCCAAGAGUUAGAUGCCUUCAGGGAACAGCUGCGAAUUAACAACGUCGAUCUCGACACAAGCCCGACACUUUCUCUCGCGUGAAGGGUGGCCUCUUAAUUUUGACAAAGCAAUUAAAUUCUUUUUUCGUUCUCGCCCGCCGGGUUUAGAUACAAACACCAAGAACAAUACCAGUCGAGUUUUGCGAGCAAUUUUUGAUAUAACGCCAGUCUUUUCUAAUCGUGAUAGAGUCGUAUUUAGACGCUUUGUAUAACGUAGUUUUCGACGAGAAAAUAUUAGCGUAUGUUUAGCGAACUUUUUCUAAAGACUAUAAUAAUCGCAAUUAUUUUUGCAAGAAAUUUUUCGUGAAAACGAGUAUAUAACUAAAAAAAGUAUAUAACGUACAUCGUAAUAUAAGCAAUAUAACUUGCAGAGACUUUUAAAAUAUUUUUUGUUUUAAUUGUUCUUUGUUGGAGGUUUUUCAUAUGAACAAUUCAGACAUUUUAUUUUAUUAUUUUUUUAACAUUUUAUGUACUCUCCGGAGUAGACCUUUUUUUAAGCAUUUUUUUAUGUUCGACAUUUUUUUUCACCGGUCUCUCGCAAGUCGUGACAAUCGAUUUGAAAGAAGAAAAAUUAACCCCUGGCAAGAAAUACUAUGAAAGGAUUCAUAACAGUCUGGAUAAGCUGCUCGAUCUAACGUUUAAUGUCAUUGUAGCAUGGGAACCACCAGAAGAAAAACUGUGUCCAUCUUCAGUAGCGGCAUGGUUUCAGAAACGCGGUUACGCUGUUUCCGCUUGCCAUCAGCAGAUGAUGCAAAGAGUCGAAUACACACUUGACAUCCCUCUACUUGAAGACAACUUUGAUCGUGACGAGUUUUUCGAGUGGCUUGGAAUUUUCAGUAUUGGUGGCAACUUGGUAAACGAGGACAGGGAGGCCGAAUACGUGUCUUCCUACAAGAACUCAAAUCCGAAGAUGGAGGUCGGGCAAGUUCAGUAUCUGCAAUUCACGGGCUUCCUUACGCGUCAGAAAAUCGAGAAAAUUUUUAACAUGCUGAGGGAAUACGCAACUGCGAAUAAUGAGACGUUGCCGUGGUGCAGUUUGGACGUGCAGGGAUUUGCCGACAGUCCCGUGAGCUGGGGUCUGAAGGAACACAAUUUCUACACGGAUGGAGACAAUAGUUAUACAAUCGUACUGCGUCCUUGUGACCACGGAUAUAUUUUACGAAAGAGUUUAAGCUCAAACAACAAGCCAAAAAUCACGCAAUGAUAAUCUUCAGAUUUCUCUUAUUUUUUAUCUAGAACAUUGUAUUUUAUACGUGUACAUAUAAUUAUAGAAUCAAAAAUACGAGAAUGGUUACAUACACACGUAGUAUGUAAUCUCUUAUAAUCAUGUGAAAAAUCGUUUACCUAUUUUCUCUGUGGCUGUGUUAAGAAUAAAGAUUUUUCAAUACUUUGGAA